AUGACUCGCUCGCUUCUCUUACAGCGCCUACAGGCGGUCGCCGAGCAGCAACCUCCCAGCCAGCCGCCCAGCAGACCGCCUGACCUGCCGGCGGAAGCCGCGCAGAGGGCGGAGGCUGCCCGCCGCGCAGGCGGCCCCGCGGCAACAACAGCGCAGCGAAGGGAAGCAGCCGCAGCUGGGAGGGCUGUAGGGGGAGAUCGGGAUGGAGAGGGGCGAGCGGAGGAGUGGCGCGGUGGUGUGCGGUUGGAGUCGGUUUUGGCCGCCAACCCCCUCGUCGCCCUGCCUGCCCCUCCCGUGCCCGCCCUCCCCCCUUAUGCCUUUCCCUCCCCCACCCUCCACUCUUCCCCCUUUGGUCUCCCCGCCCCUCCCCUGCGCGCGAGCACUUACGAGCCUGCUGUGCUGGGGAAUGGCUUGACAGGGAGGGGCAGUGCCAUGCUCGCAGGCACAUGCACAGGUACGGGCAUGGGCACAGGCACGGGCACGGGCACAGGUACGGGCACGGGCACGGGCACGGGCACGGGCACGGGCACGGGCACGGGCACAGGCACGGGCACAGGCACGGGCACAGGCAGGGAUUUGCGUGAGCGGUGGGAGCAGGCAUUGCAGAGCGGCAAGGGGCGGGCGAUGAGGUGGAGUGACGAGCAGACAAUCGCCCUGCUGAAGAUCAUGCGCGGCGUGCUGCGCUCUCAGGGCAGCGCCCUGUCCGGCAGGAUCGAGGACUGGGGGGCGGUGCACCGCGAGUGGCUGAGGCGAGGGUUCCCCAGGUACUCGGAGGAGCAGCUGCGAUUGCGGUGCAAAGUGGUGCGCGGGUGGGUGAAGGACAUUCGGGUCCUCCAGGCGCUGCUGCUGCCUGAAGUCGCCUGGGACCCCACCACUCAGCGCUUUGAUCCCGACUCCAAGGUGAGUGAGAGUCCUCCACGUGAGAGAGGGCGAGCCCCUUCCCCCGCUCCCUCCCCCACUUCCCACCUGCCACUGCAGCUGGGCAUCAUCCCGCGGCUGAAGCAGCACAGGCGGUGGAAGCACUACAGGCGGUGGCGCAAGCACACGGCGCCCUGGCUGCCCCUCGCUCUGCUCAACGGCCACACUUGCCCUGCUGCGGCCCCACUGUGGGGCGAGGAGGAGGAGUGGGAGGAGGAGGACGAGGAGGAGGAGGAGGAUGAUUGGGGAGAGGGGGAGGGAGAGGAGGAUGAUGGGCAAGAGGAGGAGGAUGAAGUGGUGGAGGAGAAUAGUGGGUCUGAUCGUGCAGCUGAAGUACUGCGGGCCAAUGGUGUUCCUCGUGCUGAGGUGGCACGUAACAAUGUCACUGUUGCUGAUGUGGCUUGUGCUGCUGACGUGGCUCGUGCAAAUGGGACUGCUGCAGGGCGACUGGGAGGGCAGGGAGGGGGCGUGAGGAGCAGAGAGGGAAGAGAGGGUGUGGGCGGGAGAAGGGUUGGGAGUGGCGGGGUCGGGGUUGCACAGGGGAAUGGGGGGGUCGACCGUGCAGCUGACGCACCGCGGGCCAAUGGCAUUCCUCGUGCUGAGGUGGCACGUAACACUGUCGCUUUUGCUGAUGGUGUUCGUCCUGCUGACGUGGCUCGUGCUGACACAGAACGGGCUGCUGACGUGGCUGGUGCAAGUGCGGAUGAGAGGGACGAGUACCCUGCGAGGCUGGCAGCGCGGAUCGCUGGCAUGGCAGCAAUGGAGAGGAAGCGGCAGCGGCGGGUGAUGGAGAGUGUGGCGCGUGCCCUCACCACGUUCAGGAGCAUGGCGGAGAAGGGGCAGCCCCACGUGCACCGAGACGUGGUGGCGGACAGUGUGUUCAAGUCAGUGCAGGACGUGCAGGCCCUCCCCUCUCUGACGGACGCGCAGCGAGUGGCGGCCAUCGACGCCUUCCUGCAGCGCCCCCUCGACGCCCACGCCUUCCAGGCCAUGAGCCCCGCCCUGCAGACCCUCUUCGCCCGCCGCGCCCACGCCCAGGCCGUCGACCGCCAGCUGGCCGGGAUUCAAGCUGCCGCUGCUUCUGGGGGGAAUGCGCCCCUCACAGACCGGCUCCUCGCCCCGCUGCAGGGCGGGGCUGGUGGGUUGGGCGGCACAGGUGGGUUGGGCGGCAGACAAGGGGCGGGCAGCAUGGCAGGGCUGCAGCAGCUAGGGCAUCGCGUGGAGGAGUUGGUGCGAGAGAGCCUGAGAGGAGUCAACAACGCCUAUCAACAGGCAGUCAACGCUGGUCAAGGGGCAGUCAAUGCUGGUCAAGGGGCAGUCAAUGCUGGUCAAGGGGCAGUCAAUGCUGGUCAAGGGGCAGUCAAUGCUGGUCAAGGGGCAGUCAAUGCUGGUCAAGGGGCAGUCAAUGCUGGUCAAGGGGCAGUCAACGCUGGUCAAGGGGCAGUCAAUGCUGGUCAAUGCUGGUCAAGGGGGUUGGCUGGCAUUCCAGUGGUGGUCAACGGGAUUCAAUGCGAGUGCCCUGAGUGUGUGGCUGCUAGAAUUACGGCUAGAAUGUGUCAAGGCACAGUUAACGCGAGUCACGAUGCAGUCAAUGCGAGUCAAGCAGUGGUCAAUGCGGGUCAACCAGUGAUCAACGCGGGUCAACCAGUGGUCAACGCGGGUCAAGCAGCAGUCAACGCGAGUCCACCGGUGGUCAAUGCGGAUCCAAGUAGGGGAGCAUCAGCGAAUCAGGUGGAGACAGCUGUCGGCCAGCCAGGGUUGGGUGCAGGUCCUGUGAGAGGAGCUGCUGUGUUACAGACAAGAAAUGCUGGUCAAGCACCAGUCAACGCUGGUCAAGCAGCAGUUAAUGCAGGAGGAGGGGCAGUGGGUAUGGAUCAAGGCAGAGCGGAUGUGGGAGCAGGGGGAGGAGGGUUUUGGAGGGAAGCAGCGAUCGUGGGGCUGCCUUUGGUAGAGCGGCUGCUGCAGGGCCAGGCGAAGCAACGGAGCGGUGUUGUGGCGAGGGGAGAGGGGGAGACCGGCAGGCAGGGAGAGGAGCAGGGAGGGGAACAGGGAGGGGAACAGGGAGGGGAGGCAAGAGGGGAGCAGGGAGGGGAGGCGAGAGAGGGGCAGGGAGGGGGGCAGGGAGGGGAUGAGAGGGUGGGGACGGUGAGUGUGCCGGGGGGCAGGGGCAGCGGAGGGGGGGUGUUCACGCUGUCGCACUGCUGUGUGGCGGACGGGCCGGCAGGGCAGUGCAGCCUGUGCAGCAUCGUGGCUGACCUCGUCAAAGAGCUGGCGGGAGGCGCUGCUGGGGGAGGCGCUGCUGGGGGAGGCGCUGCUGGGGGAGGCGCUGCUAGGGGAGGCGCUGCUGGGGGAGGCGCUGCUGGGGAAGGCGCUGCUGGGGGAGGCGCUGCUGGGGGAGGGGGUGCUGCUGGGGGAGGGGGUGCUGCUGGGGGAGGGGGUGCUGCUGACCUCGUCAAAGAGCCUGGGGCGCCUGGUGGUGGGGGGAGGCAGGGCAAGGAGCUGGGGGCGCCUGGUGACGCGGUGCGUAGUGGGGGCGAGAUUGGGGAUGAUGGGAGAGAGGUGGCGGGUGAUGGGAGAGAGGUGGCGGGUGAUGGGAGAGAGGUGGCGGGUGAUGGGAGAGAGGUGCGCGCCGGGGGCAAGGUGGGGGGUACUGAGGGUGAGACGAGUGGGAAUGAGAGAGAGAUCAGUGGGAAGGAGGGAGAGACGAAUGGGAAGGAAGGAGAGAGGAGUGGAGAGGAGGGAGAGACUGUUCGAAAUGAGGGAGAGAUGAGUGGGAAGGAGGGAGAGAAGAGUGGGAAGGAGGGAGAAACUAGUGGGAAAGGGGGAGGGACUAGUGGGAAGGAGGGAGAUACAUGUGGGAAGGAGGGAGAAACAUGUGGGAAGGAAGGAGGGACAAGUGGAAAGGAGGGAGAGAUGGGUGGAAAGGAGGGAGAGACGAGUGGGAAGGAAGGAGUGGCGAAUGGAGAGGAGGGAGAAACUAUUGGGAACGUAGAAAAGACGAGUGGGAGGGAGGGAGAGAAGAGUGGGAAGGAGGGAGAGACGAGUGGGGGGGAGCAAGAGACGAGUGGGAAGGAUGGAGAGAUGAAUGGGAGAGGAGGGGGAGGUGAGUGA